UGGAUGAUCUUUUGGGGGCUCCUGGACGAGAGAGCCUCACUGUACUCGACCCCUUGCGGCGUGGAAGAGCUACUUGGUAAAUAUUUCUAUUAUAUAAUUUGUUGGUUUGGGGUGACUUAGGUUUAAGUAUUGCAAACCCCUUUCAUUGAGAUAAGAUUGAUUUAUUUUUAUAGGUUUAAAUAUGAUAAAGGCAAAAUUUCUAAAGCAAUAUUAAAGAUGAUGAAAUCUGACCUACCAGGAGCGUAUCCUACGUAUAAUCAUCUACCUCGUGAUGUGAAAACGCGAUGGUUCAGAGCAUUUGCGGUAAUGCAUUUUUUCACUCUAAACUAGUUUUUUUUCUCAUUAAUAAUAAUUUCUCACUACUUUCCAGCAACAAUUUGAUUGGGAACGAAGCAUUACUGAAACCGUAAAGGUUGCUUAUGAGAAAAAGGCUCAGAAAUCUUUCUCAAGCAAAUUGUGUGCGUGGAAAUAUAAAUGGAAGUUGAACAAAGAUCCUCCUAAUUGGGUAUCAGAAAAAGCUUGGGAGGGUUACGUUUUGAUGUGGCAGGAUGAAAAGGUUGAAGCAAAAUCUUCAAGAAACUCUACCAACAGGAAAAGCGAACGCGGUGGUUACAGCAUCGCAAUACACAACACAGGGGCAACAUCUUUCGAGACACGCAAAGAAGAAAUGGUAAAUUAUAAUUACAAUGUUCACGUAUUUUUGGCUAACUAUAAUUGUCAGUUAAUUUUUCAUUUUCAUCUUGGUAAGAUCAUUGAAAAUGGAGGGGAAGAGCCUGGCAUGCUAGCAUUCCUUGAGGAUGCUCAUAGAAAUCGAAAGACUGGUGACAUUUGUGACAAGAAGGUGAAGCAGAUUGUGGAGACUGUCAAAGAGAAGAUAAAUGAUCAGCUAACUCAAGGUAGAUCAACUGAGACAAACCAUCUUACCCAAGCAGAGAUCAACACUCUCGUUUUAAGGGAAACUCCUAUACUUAAGGGUCACCGUUUUGGGUUUGGAACACUACCAGAGCCAGGACAACCACCUUCUUCAGCUAGAUUCAUGCCUAAUUUAGACCAAGAUGAGCAAUUACGUAUUGCAAGCGAGAAUAUUGCUUUGGCAGAUGAGAAGAUUGCUAUGGCAAAUGAGAAGAUUGCGACUUUGGAGAAUGACAAAGUGGACCAAGGUAAAGUUAUAAAGUAUCUACAAAACUUGGCACAUAAGGUUGUUAGCAAAUUUCCAGAAUUGCUAGAUGAAGAUGAAGAUGCCACUCAAGAAUAGUUAUGUAUUAGUUACCAUGCUUCUGUUUUGUAGUUAUCAUGCUUCUGUUUUGUGGUUAAAACUUUAGUAAUGACCAAUUGUAACUUGUUUGUUAACUACAAGAAACAACUUAUUCAGCCUUUAUUUAAGUAUUUUGCUAAAACUAUUUCGAACGCUAUUAUUUAGAUUUUAAUUAUAAAAAUAUUUGAUUUUGUCAUUUAUUUAUAUUAAAUACAAUUUUGUUGAUUAAUAAAAAAAAACACUAAUAGAUGGUUAGAAUGUCGUUAGAAAAUAAGUGGUCAAAAGUUUGUCAAUAAUAAAUUGUCACAAGCCGGUCAAAAAGUAAUCAAAACAAAUGGUCACAGAGUGGUCACCAAUUCAUCAUAUAAAAAGGGUUAGAAACACAUCACG